CACGCCUCUGCUUCCACUCGGGAUCCACGCAGCGGCAGCGGCUCAUCUGGCUCAUCAUCACCGGACGGGACGCGGCUCCGGAGCGAAAGUUGACCCAGAAGAAUGAUUUACUCCAGGCUAACGAAGCGCUCCGUCGGGCGGCGGGACACGGCGACACGUCGAGCGACUCUGGGAUAAGCGACAUCCGACAGGGGCAACGUCGUGCUUUCGGACGGGGAAGUAGUUGCAGGAACUUGUCGCAGUGGCUUCAUCCCACCGGAUUACCGCACGCGAGAGGAACAAUAGUCUCCUGCGGCAGGAUCAGCAGCAGGGUAGUGGGCCCCAGUGGUGCAGCUGAGAAAAUGGACAGGAUGAAGAUAAUCAAGCGGAGGUUGUCCAUGACUCUACGCAGCGCUCGGCCCGUCGAUGACUCUCUGUCUGAACUGGCAGAACAGAUCGCUUUGGAUGAGCCAUCUACAGCCAGGGACAACGUGCCCAUGGUGUGCUCCGUGCACCCUCCUGCCUCUCACAGUGCUCCCUCCUUCCUGCGUCAAUAUGCCGGUCAUCUGGGCCGCACCGCCUUACGCAGAGAGCCAGGUGGGGGGCUGGAAAGGGAAAGAGCCUUCCUGAGCCUGCACAGGACUGGAUCUUUGGGUAUUGUCCAUGAAAAUGUGAAAAUGGGUUCAGACGGGGAAAGCGAUCAAGCUUCUGGUACGUCUUCUGAUGAGGUCCAGAGUCCAGUAAGGGUCCGCAUGAGGAACAACCACCAUCGACGCAUAUCUAACGAGGACAUCAACAAGCGUUUGUCUCUCCCAGCUGACAUCAGACUACCGGAAGGUUACUUGGAGAAGUUUGCCAUGAACAGCCCGCCCUUUGACAAACCCAUGAGCCGCCGGCUUCGACGUGCAUCACUGUCUGAAAUAGGCUUUGGGAAACUUGAGACUUACAUCAAACUGGACAAACUAGGCGAGGGUACAUACGCCACAGUGUUUAAAGGCCGAAGCAAGUUAACAGACAAUUUAGUGGCUCUGAAAGAGAUACGCCUGGAGCAUGAGGAGGGCGCUCCCUGCACGGCCAUCCGAGAAGUGUCUCUACUAAAAGACUUGAAACAUGCAAACAUCGUCACUCUCCAUGACAUCAUCCACACAGACAAGUGCCUGACUCUUGUGUUUGAGUACCUGGAAAAAGACCUCAAGCAAUAUAUGGAUGACUGUGGGAGCAUCAUGAGUGUUCACAAUGUCAAGAUUUUCCUAUUCCAACUUUUAAGAGGGCUAGCCUACUGCCACAGAAGGAAGGUUCUCCACAGAGACCUAAAACCCCAGAACUUGCUCAUCAAUGAGAAAGGAGAGCUCAAACUGGCAGAUUUUGGUUUAGCUCGAGCCAAGUCUGUUCCUACGAAGACCUACUCAAAUGAAGUGGUGACCCUGUGGUACCGACCUCCAGAUGUGCUGCUGGGCUCAACUGAGUACUCCACACCCAUUGAUAUGUGGGGUGUUGGCUGCAUCUUUUAUGAAAUGAUCACUGGUAGACCUCUCUUUCCUGGCUCCACUGUAGAGGAUGAACUUCACCUCAUUUUUCGCAUCCUCGGCACUCCUACAGAAGAAACCUGGCCCGGUAUCACAACCAACGAAGAAUUUAAGACUUACAAUUUCCCUCGUUACCAUGCAGAGCCAUUCGUCACCCACGCACCCAGGAUAGACAGCGAUGGUCAUAACUUGCUCUUAUUGCUCUUACAGUUUGAAGCAAAGAAGCGAGUAUUGGCUGAGGAUGCUCUCAGACACGCAUAUUUCAGGAGCCUAGGGGAGCAGGUUCAAACACUGCCUGACACUGCUUCAAUCUUCUCUGUAAAAGGCAUUCAACUCCAGAGAGACCCAGGAAAGAGAUCCUCAAUCCACCCCGAGUCCACCCAGGAGAAGAACAGGAGGCAAAGUAUGUUGUUUUAGUUCUGGCAGGUUGACGGCAUGAGGAGAACAGCGACGCCCGGCGCCGUCCUUCUAGAUUUCCUGAGCCUGCCACAUACAAACUGAAGGAGUGAUGCACACCCUGCCACCAAAAGUCUCACAUUCACACUGGAGGGGGAAAAAGAGGAGAUACACACACACACACACACACACAUAUAUACAGAAAAUGUGACAACCGAACAAAUUAUACAAAUUAAAGACUGAAACCUUUAAACUUGUAGUUAAAGGCUCGGCUCAACCCCACAAAGAAAAUUGGAAGAAAACAACAAAAAAAGUGUGAUGCUGGAAGAAAAGUGGGAGAACAUUUAAUUUCUCCUUGCUGCUGCUACUACCUCUGCUGUCCAGGAGAGGGCAGUGUGAGGACGUGAACUUGCUGUAUCAGUGAACUGUAAGGAAGGAGUGAAUUAGAAUCAAAAGCAAAGAGAGACAGAGGUGACCCCUGCUGCCACUCUUCUUUUAGAUUAUUGCUGUACAUAACUAGACUGAGCUGUAGAGUUCUGCUUGUUCACAGCACACCUCAGCCUGAAUCCAAACUAGAAGAAUUGCACCUCAAUCUUUAACCUUCACCCAACCCUUAAGUACAAGAUAAUGGUCUUUUGUUUUUCUAUCUAUCCAUCUUGAUCUCUUAAGCAGGCUGACUCACUGGUGGCUCACUUGAACAUGGCGAGUGUAUAUAGAAUUGGGAGUUUACGGAGAUAAACGUUUGCACCUUAUUGCCCAGCAGAGGUCAGGGUGGCUGUCUCAUCUGUCUCUUGAGCAGAGCAGGGUGGAAAGUACACGCAUGAUGAAGAAUCGGUCGAUGAAAACAGCAGGACGUGGACAGAUGUGUUGCACAACUGCACUACUUUAGAAUUAAAACACUGCUGUCCUCACCAGGCAUUUAACAAACCUCCAUAUGCUGUAAAGAAAACUACAAGGUUCUUCAGUAUUGAAGGGCACUU